UCACCGGGUCCUGGCCAGAGAUUCCCUGCUGGCACCUGGCAAUCGCCAAGUAUCACUGACAGGGGAGAGACCUUAACAUGCUGCUGUGUAUUUCUCUGCACAGCAGAGAAAUACACAUCAGCAUGUUUCCCUAGUAAAAUACACACACAGCACAUUAUGUUAAACAGCACACAGUUAACCCUUUGAUCACCCCAGAUGUUAACCCCUUCCUGCCCAGUUUCAUUAGUACAGCGUCAGUGCUUUUUAUUAGCACUGAUCACUGUAUUAGUGUCAUUGGGAUGUCAGUGGCAGUUCGUCAGUUCCCAACCAGUGUCAGAAUGCCCGCCGCAGUCCCACUAU